AUGCAACACUACGGGGUGAACGGCUACUCGCUGCAUGCCAUGAACUCGCUCAGCGCCAUGUACAACCUGCACCAGCAGGCAGCCCAGCAGGCCCAGCACGCGCCCGACUACAGGCCAUCAGUACAUGCGCUUACGUUGGCUGAGCGCCUGGCCGGCUGUACAUUUCAAGACAUCAUCUUAGAGGCCCGAUAUGGCUCCCAGCACCGCAAACAGCGUCGCAGCCGCACAGCAUUCACAGCCCAGCAGCUUGAGGCCCUGGAAAAGACCUUCCAGAAGACUCACUACCCAGAUGUAGUGAUGCGGGAGAGGCUGGCCAUGUGCACCAAUCUGCCUGAGGCCCGAGUGCAGGUGUGGUUCAAGAACCGCAGGGCCAAGUUUCGGAAGAAGCAGCGCAGCCUACAGAAAGAACAGCUUCAGAAGCAGAAGGAGGCUGAGUGCUCCCACGGAGAAGGCAAGAUUGAGGCUCCAACCUCAGAUACCCAGCUGGAAGCAGACCAGCCUUCCAGUCUGCCCAGUGGCGACCCUCCUGCUGAGCUUCAGCUGAGCCUGUCAGAGCAGUCAGCCAGUGAGUCAGCCCCUGAGGAUCAGCCAGACCGUGAGGAGGACUCCCGGGCUGCGGCUGAGGAUUCCAAAGCGGAGAAGAGCCCCGGGUCUGAGAGCAAGGGGCAGGGCUGCAAGAGGGGCAGCCCCAAGGCAGAUUCCCCGGGGAGCCUGACCAUAGCUCCUGCAGCCCCGGGGGGCGGCCUUCUGGGCCCCUCCCACUCCUACUCCUCGUCCCCACUCAGCCUUUUCCGGCUGCAGGAGCAGUUCCGCCAGCACAUGGCGGCCACCAACAACCUGGUGCACUACUCGUCCUUUGAAGUGGGGGGGCCGGCCCCUGCUGCAGCUGCGGUGCCCUACCUGGGUGUCAACAUGGCCCCGCUGAGUUCGCUGCACUGCCAGUCCUACUACCAGUCCCUGUCAGCAGCUGCCGCUGCCCACCAGGGUGUGUGGGGGUCCCCACUGCUGCCUGCACCCCCCGCAGGCCUGGCACCUGCUUCAGCUGCCCUGAACAGUAAAACCACGAGCAUCGAAAACCUUCGGCUCCGGGCCAAGCAACACGCAGCCUCCCUGGGACUCGAUACGCUCCCCAACUGA